AUGACAUCUACAAAUACACCCACCACUACACCCGCAACAACCUCUACACUCACAAGCACUCCACUCCAAAACCCAACCACUGCCCUCUCAACCAAUCCUGUAGAAACAACCUCCACUGCUACCCUCGCCACAUCACCAUCCCAAACAACAGCUGCAAGCUCGGCCUCUCCAGUGCCUACUCUUGUUGAAACAACUACCAAUCCCUCCUCAGCAUCUGAAACAUCCAGCAAAGCAGAAGAAACGACCACUGCACUCACAUCAAGCCCAACUGCUGCAUCUUCGGCUCAAACACCUACAAGCUCUCCUCAAGAGACUACAUCCUCGCAAAACACCUCCCCACUUACGUCCACCUCUACCCCUGGAACAAGCCCAUCUCCUACAAACACCUCACCAGCUACUCUAACCACUGCUCAGCAGAACACUUCUCCUGCUGAGAGAGACCACUUCUCCAGCUGGGAUGACAUCUACAAAUACACCCACCACUACACCCGCAACAACCUCUACACUCACAAGCACUCCACUCCAAAACCCAACCACUGCCCUCUCAACCAAUCCUCAUCUGAAACAUCCAGCAAAGCAGAAGAAACGACCACUGCACUCACAUCAAGCCCAACUGCUGCAUCUUCGGCUCAAACACCUACAAGCUCUCCUCAAGAGACUACAUCCUCGCAAAACACCUCCCCACUUACGUCCACCUCUUCCCCUGGAACAAGCCCAUCUCCUACAAACACCUCACCAGCUACUCUAACCACUGCUCAGCAGAACACUUCUCCAGCUGAGAGUGAAACUGCACCAUCCUCGGCCCUAACAACAACCUCCACUUCAACACUCACUACGACUUCACCGCUCUACACCAGCGCUACUGUCUCCUCCACACCUAUACAAACAACCACCACCGCUACCCAAGCAACAUCUGCUCCUGACACUACAAUUACCAGCUCCUCCACUCCAAAGGAAACUACGGCACUGUCGACAACCACCACAGUUCCCUCAACUAUGCAAGACAUCUCCAGCCAGGCUGCUGAAACGUCCACUGCUGCAACAACCAGCACAGCUAUCACAGCCACCACUGCUCUGCUCACAAGCACCAACGUAGGCCCCACUUCUUCCACCACCAUCUUCACUUCACAUACGAGCACCUCUGCAUCUCUGACAAGCACACCAGAAACAACCCCCACUGCUACCCUCGCCACAUCACCAUCCCAAACAACAGCUGCAAGCUCGGCCUCUCCAGUGUCUUCUCUUGUUGAAACAACUACCUUUCCCUCCUCAGCAUCUGAAACAUCCAGCAAAGCAGAAGAAACAACCACUGAAACUACGGCACUGUCGACAACCACCACAGUUCCCUCAACUAUGCAAGACAUCUCCAGCCAGGCUGCUGAAACGUCCACCGCUGCAACAACCAGCACAGCUAUCACAGCCACCACUGCUCUGCUCACAAGCACCAAUGCAGGCCCCACUACUUCCACCACCAUCUUCACUUCACAUACGAGCACCUCUGCAUCUCUGACAAGCACACCAGCAUCUGAAACAUCCAGCAAAGCAGAAGAAACGACCACUGCACUCACAUCAAGCCCAACUGCUGCAUCUUCGGCUCAAACACCUACAAGCUCUCCUCAAGAGACUACAUCCUCGCAAAACACCUCCCCACUUACGUCCACCUCUUCCCCUGGAACAAGCCCAUCUCCUACAAACACCUCACCAGCUACUCUAACCACUGCUCAGCAGAACACUUCUCCAGCUGAGAGUGAAACUGCACCAUCCUCGGCCCUAACAACAACCUCCACUUCAACACUCACUACAAAUUCACCGCUCCUCACCAGCGCUACUGUCUCCUCCACACCUAUACAAACAACCACCACCGCUACACAAGCAACAUCUGCUCCUGACACUACAAUUACCAGCUCCUCCACUCCAAAGGAAACUACGGCACUGUCGACAACCACCACAGUUCCCUCAACUAUGCAAGACAUCUCCAGCCAGGCUGCUGAAACGUCCACCGCUGCAACAACCAGAACAGCUAUCACAGCCACCACUGCUCUGCUCACAAGCACCAAUGCAGGCCCCACUACUUCCACCACCAUCUUCACUUCACAUACGAGCACCUCUGCAUCUCUGACAAGCACACCAGGAGACCACUACUCCAGCUGGGACGACAUCUACAAAUACACCCACCACUACACCCGCAACAACCUCUACACUCACAAGCACUCCACUCCAAAACGCAACCACUGCCCUCUCAACCAAUCCUUUCCCUCAACUAUGCAAGACAUCUCCAGCCAGGCUGCUGAAACGUCCACCGCUGCAACACCCAGCACAGCUACCACAGUCACCACUGCUCUGCUCACAAGCACCAAUGCAGGCCCCACUACUUCCACCACCAUCUUCACUUCACAUACGAGCACCUCUGCAUCUCUGACAAGCACACCAGCAUCGGAAACAUCCAGCAAAGCAGAAGAAACGACCACUGCACUCACAUCAAGCCCAACUGCUGCAUCUUCGGCUCAAACACCUACAAGCUCUCCUCAAGAGACUACAUCCUCGCAAAACACCUCCCCACUUACGUCCACCUCUUCCCCUGGAACAAGCCCAUCUCCUACAAACACCUCACCAGCUACUCUAACCACUGCUCAGCAGAACACUUCUCCAGCUGAGAGUGAAACUGCACCAUCCUCGGCCCUAACAACAACCUCCACUUCAACACUCACUACGACUUCACCGCUCUACACCAGCACUACUGUCUCCUCCACACCUAUACAAACAACCACCACCUCUACCCAAGCAACAUCUGCUCCUGACACUACAAUUACCAGCUCCUCCACUCCAAAGGAAACUACGGCACUGUCGACAACCACCACAGUUCCCUCAACUAUGCAAGACACCUCCACCCAGGCUGCUGAAACGUCCACUGCUGCAACAACCAGCACAGCUACCACAGUCAACACUGCACUGCUCACAAGCACCAAUGCAGGCCCCACUACUUCCACCACCAUCUUCACUUCACAUACGAGCACCUCUGCAUCUCUGACAAGCACACCAGCUCCCACUCGGCCGCCAACCACACCUCCAGGCCUCGAGCGUUUCACCGUCAACUUCACCAUCACCAAUCUCCCCUACGAUUCCGACCUGCACGUUCCUCACUCGGCAAAGCUCAACAGCACCCAGAGGGUCAUGACCACCUUGCUCAACCGCCUUCUCAAGGACACCAGCAUUGGCCCCAAUUUCCUUGGAUGUGCAACGACAGCCUUCAGGUCCCUGAGGCAAGGCGACAACACAGGCGUGGACCUCGUCUGCAGCUACAGGAAGGAGCCCUCCAGCCCUGACUUGGACAGGGUGGGCCUUUACCACGAAGUGAGCAACAAGACCAGAGCCGUCACGCGCCUGGGCCCCUACAGCCUGGACAGGACCAGCCUCUACGUCAACGGUUACAACGAACAGCCAGAGAUGCGGCCAGUGACGCCCACUCCCACUCGGCCGCCAACCACACCUCCAGGCCUCGAGCGUUUCACCGUCAACUUCACCAUCACCAAUCUCCCCUACGAUUCCGACCUGCACGUUCCUCACUCGGCAAAGCUCAACAGCACCCAGAGGGUCAUGACCACCUUGCUCAACCGCCUUCUCAAGGACACCAGCAUUGGCCCCAAUUUCCUUGGAUGUGCAACGACAGCCUUCAGGUCCCUGAGGCAAGGCGACAACACAGGCGUGGACCUCGUCUGCAGCUACAGGAAGGAGCCCUCCAGCCCUGACUUGGACAGGGUGGGCCUUUACCACGAAGUGAGCAACAAGACCAGAGCCGUCACGCGCCUGGGCCCCUACAGCCUGGACAGGACCAGCCUCUACGUCAACGGUUACAACGAACAGCCAGUGAUGCGGCCAGUGACGCCCACUCCCACUCGGCCGCCAACCACACCUCCAGGCCUCGAGCGUUUCACCGUCAACUUCACCAUCACCAAUCUCCCCUACGAUUCCGACCUGCACGUUCCUCACUCGGCAAAGCUCAACAGCACCCAGAGGGUCAUGACCACCUUGCUCAACCGCCUUCUCAAGGACACCAGCAUUGGCCCCAAUUUCCUUGGAUGUGCAACGACAGCCUUCAGGUCCCUGAGGCAAGGCGACAACACAGGCGUGGACCUCGUCUGCAGCUACAGGAAGGAGCCCUCCAGCCCUGACUUGGACAGGGUGGGCCUUUACCACGAAGUGAGCAACAAGACCAGAGCCGUCACGCGCCUGGGCCCCUACAGCCUGGACAGGACCAGCCUCUACGUCAACGGUUACAACGAACAGCCAGUGAUGCGGCCAGUGACGCCCACUCCCACUCGGCCGCCAACCACACCUCCAGGCCUCGAGCGUUUCACCGUCAACUUCACCAUCACCAAUCUCCCCUACGAUUCCGACCUGCACGUUCCUCACUCGGCAAAGCUCAACAGCACCCAGAGGGUCAUGACCACCUUGCUCAACCGCCUUCUCAAGGACACCAGCAUUGGCCCCAAUUUCCUUGGAUGUGCAACGACAGCCUUCAGGUCCCUGAGGCAAGGCGACAACACAGGCGUGGACCUCGUCUGCAGCUACAGGAAGGAGCCCUCCAGCCCUGACUUGGACAGGGUGGGCCUUUACCACGAAGUGAGCAACAAGACCAGAGCCGUCACGCGCCUGGGCCCCUACAGCCUGGACAGGACCAGCCUCUACGUCAACGGUUACAACGAACAGCCAGUGAUGCGGCCAGUGACGCCCACUCCCACUCGGCCGCCAACCACACCUCCAGGCCUCGAGCGUUUCACCGUCAACUUCACCAUCACCAAUCUCCCCUACGAUUCCGACCUGCACGUUCCUCACUCGGCAAAGCUCAACAGCACCCAGAGGGUCAUGACCACCUUGCUCAACCGCCUUCUCAAGGACACCAGCAUUGGCCCCAAUUUCCUUGGAUGUGCAACGACAGCCUUCAGGUCCCUGAGGCAAGGCGACAACACAGGCGUGGACCUCGUCUGCAGCUACAGGAAGGAGCCCUCCAGCCCUGACUUGGACAGGGUGGGCCUUUACCACGAAGUGAGCAACAAGACCAGAGCCGUCACGCGCCUGGGCCCCUACAGCCUGGACAGGACCAGCCUCUACGUCAACGGUUACAACGAACAGCCAGUGAUGCGGCCAGUGACGCCCACUCCCACUCGGCCGCCAACCACACCUCCAGGCCUCGAGCGUUUCACCGUCAACUUCACCAUCACCAAUCUCCCCUACGAUUCCGACCUGCACGUUCCUCACUCGGCAAAGCUCAACAGCACCCAGAGGGUCAUGACCACCUUGCUCAACCGCCUUCUCAAGGACACCAGCAUUGGCCCCAAUUUCCUUGGAUGUGCAACGACAGCCUUCAGGUCCCUGAGGCAAGGCGACAACACAGGCGUGGACCUCGUCUGCAGCUACAGGAAGGAGCCCUCCAGCCCUGACUUGGACAGGGUGGGCCUUUACCACGAAGUGAGCAACAAGACCAGAGCCGUCACGCGCCUGGGCCCCUACAGCCUGGACAGGACCAGCCUCUACGUCAACGGUUACAACGAACAGCCAGUGAUGCGGCCAGUGACGCCCACUCCCACUCGGCCGCCAACCACACCUCCAGGCCUCGAGCGUUUCACCGUCAACUUCACCAUCACCAAUCUCCCCUACGAUUCCGACCUGCACGUUCCUCACUCGGCAAAGCUCAACAGCACCCAGAGGGUCAUGACCACCUUGCUCAACCGCCUUCUCAAGGACACCAGCAUUGGCCCCAAUUUCCUUGGAUGUGCAACGACAGCCUUCAGGUCCCUGAGGCAAGGCGACAACACAGGCGUGGACCUCGUCUGCAGCUACAGGAAGGAGCCCUCCAGCCCUGACUUGGACAGGGUGGGCCUUUACCACGAAGUGAGCAACAAGACCAGAGCCGUCACGCGCCUGGGCCCCUACAGCCUGGACAGGACCAGCCUCUACGUCAACGGUUACAACGAACAGCCAGUGAUGCGGCCAGUGACGCCCACUCCCACUCGGCCGCCAACCACACCUCCAGGCCUCGAGCGUUUCACCGUCAACUUCACCAUCACCAAUCUCCCCUACGAUUCCGACCUGCACGUUCCUCACUCGGCAAAGCUCAACAGCACCCAGAGGGUCAUGACCACCUUGCUCAACCGCCUUCUCAAGGACACCAGCAUUGGCCCCAAUUUCCUUGGAUGUGCAACGACAGCCUUCAGGUCCCUGAGGCAAGGCGACAACACAGGCGUGGACCUCGUCUGCAGCUACAGGAAGGAGCCCUCCAGCCCUGACUUGGACAGGGUGGGCCUUUACCACGAAGUGAGCAACAAGACCAGAGCCGUCACGCGCCUGGGCCCCUACAGCCUGGACAGGACCAGCCUCUACGUCAACGGUUACAACGAACAGCCAGUGAUGCGGCCAGUGACGCCCACUCCCACUCGGCCGCCAACCACACCUCCAGGCCUCGAGCGUUUCACCGUCAACUUCACCAUCACCAAUCUCCCCUACGAUUCCGACCUGCACGUUCCUCACUCGGCAAAGCUCAACAGCACCCAGAGGGUCAUGACCACCUUGCUCAACCGCCUUCUCAAGGACACCAGCAUUGGCCCCAAUUUCCUUGGAUGUGCAACGACAGCCUUCAGGUCCCUGAGGCAAGGCGACAACACAGGCGUGGACCUCGUCUGCAGCUACAGGAAGGAGCCCUCCAGCCCUGACUUGGACAGGGUGGGCCUUUACCACGAAGUGAGCAACAAGACCAGAGCCGUCACGCGCCUGGGCCCCUACAGCCUGGACAGGACCAGCCUCUACGUCAACGGUUACAACGAACAGCCAGUGAUGCGGCCAGUGACGCCCACUCCCACUCGGCCGCCAACCACACCUCCAGGCCUCGAGCGUUUCACCGUCAACUUCACCAUCACCAAUCUCCCCUACGAUUCCGACCUGCACGUUCCUCACUCGGCAAAGCUCAACAGCACCCAGAGGGUCAUGACCACCUUGCUCAACCGCCUUCUCAAGGACACCAGCAUUGGCCCCAAUUUCCUUGGAUGUGCAACGACAGCCUUCAGGUCCCUGAGGCAAGGCGACAACACAGGCGUGGACCUCGUCUGCAGCUACAGGAAGGAGCCCUCCAGCCCUGACUUGGACAGGGUGGGCCUUUACCACGAAGUGAGCAACAAGACCAGAGCCGUCACGCGCCUGGGCCCCUACAGCCUGGACAGGACCAGCCUCUACGUCAACGGUUACAACGAACAGCCAGUGAUGCGGCCAGUGACGCCCACUCCCACUCGGCCGCCAACCACACCUCCAGGCCUCGAGCGUUUCACCGUCAACUUCACCAUCACCAAUCUCCCCUACGAUUCCGACCUGCACGUUCCUCACUCGGCAAAGCUCAACAGCACCCAGAGGGUCAUGACCACCUUGCUCAACCGCCUUCUCAAGGACACCAGCAUUGGCCCCAAUUUCCUUGGAUGUGCAACGACAGCCUUCAGGUCCCUGAGGCAAGGCGACAACACAGGCGUGGACCUCGUCUGCAGCUACAGGAAGGAGCCCUCCAGCCCUGACUUGGACAGGGUGGGCCUUUACCACGAAGUGAGCAACAAGACCAGAGCCGUCACGCGCCUGGGCCCCUACAGCCUGGACAGGACCAGCCUCUACAUCAACGGUUACAACGAACAGCCAGUGAUGCGGCCAGUGACGCCCACUCCCACUCGGCCGCCAACCACACCUCCAGGCCUCGAGCGUUUCACCGUCAACUUCACCAUCACCAAUCUCCCCUACGAUUCCGACCUGCACGUUCCUCACUCGGCAAAGCUCAACAGCACCCAGAGGGUCAUGACCACCUUGCUCAACCGCCUUCUCAAGGACACCAGCAUUGGCCCCAAUUUCCUUGGAUGUGCAACGACAGCCUUCAGGUCCCUGAGGCAAGGCGACAACACAGGCGUGGACCUCGUCUGCAGCUACAGGAAGGAGCCCUCCAGCCCUGACUUGGACAGGGUGGGCCUUUACCACGAAGUGAGCAACAAGACCAGAGCCGUCACGCGCCUGGGCCCCUACAGCCUGGACAGGACCAGCCUCUACGUCAACGGUUACAACGAACAGCCAGUGAUGCGGCCAGUGACGCCCACUCCCACUCGGCCGCCAACCACACCUCCAGGCCUCGAGCGUUUCACCGUCAACUUCACCAUCACCAAUCUCCCCUACGAUUCCGACCUGCACGUUCCUCACUCGGCAAAGCUCAACAGCACCCAGAGGGUCAUGACCACCUUGCUCAACCGCCUUCUCAAGGACACCAGCAUUGGCCCCAAUUUCCUUGGAUGUGCAACGACAGCCUUCAGGUCCCUGAGGCAAGGCGACAACACAGGCGUGGACCUCGUCUGCAGCUACAGGAAGGAGCCCUCCAGCCCUGACUUGGACAGGGUGGGCCUUUACCACGAAGUGAGCAACAAGACCAGAGCCGUCACGCGCCUGGGCCCCUACAGCCUGGACAGGACCAGCCUCUACGUCAACGGUUACAACGAACAGCCAGUGAUGCGGCCAGUGACGCCCACUCCCACUCGGCCGCCAACCACACCUCCAGGCCUCGAGCGUUUCACCGUCAACUUCACCAUCACCAAUCUCCCCUACGAUUCCGACCUACACGUUCCUCACUCGGCAAAGCUCAACAGCACCCAGAGGGUCAUGACCACCUUGCUCAACCGCCUUCUCAAGGACACCAGCAUUGGCCCCAAUUUCCUUGGAUGUGCAACGACAGCCUUCAGGUCCCUGAGGCAAGGUGACAACACAGGCGUGGACCUCGUCUGCAGCUACAGGAAGGAGCCCUCCAGCCCUGACUUGGACAGGGUGGGCCUUUACCACGAAGUGAGCAACAAGACCAGAGCCGUCACGCGCCUGGGCCCCUACAGCCUGGACAGGACCAGCCUCUACGUCAACGGUUACAACGAACAGCCAGUGAUGCGGCCAGUGACGCCCACUCCCACUCGGCCGCCAACCACACCUCCAGGCCUCGAGCGUUUCACCGUCAACUUCACCAUCACCAAUCUCCCCUACGAUUCCGACCUGCACGUUCCUCACUCGGCAAAGCUCAACAGCACCCAGAGGGUCAUGACCACCUUGCUCAACCGCCUUCUCAAGGACACCAGCAUUGGCCCCAAUUUCCUUGGAUGUGCAACGACAGCCUUCAGGUCCCUGAGGCAAGGUGACAACACAGGCGUGGACCUCGUCUGCAGCUACAGGAAGGAGCCCUCCAGCCCUGACUUGGACAGGGUGGGCCUUUACCACGAAGUGAGCAACAAGACCAGAGCCGUCACGCGCCUGGGCCCCUACAGCCUGGACAGGACCAGCCUCUACGUCAACGGUUACAACGAACAGCCAGUGAUGCGGCCAGUGACGCCCACUCCCACUCGGCCGCCAACCACACCUCCAGGCCUCGAGCGUUUCACCGUCAACUUCACCAUCACCAAUCUCCCCUACGAUUCCGACCUGCACGUUCCUCACUCGGCAAAGCUCAACAGCACCCAGAGGGUCAUGACCACCUUGCUCAACCGCCUUCUCAAGGACACCAGCAUUGGCCCCAAUUUCCUUGGAUGUGCAACGACAGCCUUCAGGUCCCUGAGGCAAGGUGACAACACAGGCGUGGACCUCGUCUGCAGCUACAGGAAGGAGCCCUCCAGCCCUGACUUGGACAGGGUGGGCCUUUACCACGAAGUGAGCAACAAGACCAGAGCCGUCACGCGCCUGGGCCCCUACAGCCUGGACAGGACCAGCCUCUACGUCAACGGUUACAACGAACAGCCAGUGAUGCGGCCAGUGACGCCCACUCCCACUCGGCCGCCAACCACACCUCCAGGCCUCGAGCGUUUCACCGUCAACUUCACCAUCACCAAUCUCCCCUACGAUUCCGACCUGCACGUUCCUCACUCGGCAAAGCUCAACAGCACCCAGAGGGUCAUGACCACCUUGCUCAACCGCCUUCUCAAGGACACCAGCAUUGGCCCCAAUUUCCUUGGAUGUGCAACGACAGCCUUCAGGUCCCUGAGGCAAGGCGACAACACAGGCGUGGACCUCGUCUGCAGCUACAGGAAGGAGCCCUCCAGCCCUGACUUGGACAGGGUGGGCCUUUACCACGAAGUGAGCAACAAGACCAGAGCCGUCACGCGCCUGGGCCCCUACAGCCUGGACAGGACCAGCCUCUACGUCAACGUGGAAAAGCCAUUCAACACACAAAGCCCGGGACAAAUAAUACAGCAAUUCACAGUGAACUUCACCAUAACCAACCUCAGGUUCACUACAGACCUAGGGAGAUCACAUUCUGCUAUAUUCAAUUCUACCAAGAAAAUAAUGCAACAUUAUAUUGACCCUCUGCUUCGGAAAAGCAGCAUUGGCCCUGACUUCAUUGGCUGCAAAGCGAUACUAUUCAGGUCAGUGACGAAUAGAGAUAGCACAGCAGUAGACAGCAUCUGCAGCUACAGAAAUGGCUCCCAAGUGCCCAAUUUUGACAAAGCUACAGUUUAUCAAGAACUAAGGAGCAUGACAAACAACAUCACCAAAUUAGGAAUCUAUAAACUGGAUAAGGAGAGCCUCUAUGUCAACGGUUAUAACGAACCACUCCAGAGAUCACGUAAGUGCUUUGCCAAAAACAGGUUCCUUGGAGUAGUCUUAAAGUUUGAAAAGAUUGUGGAUGUCUCUGAAACCAAGUAUAGCUUUUUGUCUGGGAGACGCAGGGGUGACACAGGUGUGGAUGCUGUCUGCAGCUACAAAAACAACGUCAGCAUGGCCAGGUUUGACAGAGAAACAGUUUAUCACGAGCUGAGCACCAUGACAAAUGGCAUCACCAAACUAGGACACUACAGCCUAGAGAAGAACAGUCUGCACGUUAAUGGUUUCCACCUCACAGACACAGCUACCACCAGAAAGCCUGUCUUGAAUAAAGCUCCAGCCAUAACAGGAUACAAACUGAGCUUUAGAAUAGUCAGUGAAAACUUAACUAACCCAGACUCUCAGUCUCCAGAAUACAAAGCAGCACUGGAAAGCAUCAGCAAAAAGCUGAACCAAUUGUACCAUCAGAGCAACCUGCAAGACCAGUUCCUAAACUGCAGUAUCACAAGACUAAGGGCUGGAUCCAUAGUGGUUGACUGCAAUUGCUUCUUCCAGCAAGAGCCCAGCAUCAACAGGGCUGUGGUUGAAAAGGCUUUUCAGAAUGGGACUUCAAAUACAACUGGACUAUGGUUGGGAAGCAGCUAUCAGUUGCAAGAAUUCUCAGUAGAUGGCUUGGAACUAGCAAUUCAAGCAGCAACUGACAAAACACCUCUCAAGUCUGAGAAAGAAAGCUUCAGAUUAAAAUUCAGAAUCACCAACCUCCCAUACUCCCCAGAACUGCAGGACUCCAGGUCACAGAUGUACCAAGAGAACAAAGAGAAAAUUGAGAAAGAGCUCAAUGUAUUCAGAAAUAGUAGCAUGAAGAACUACUUUGCUGGCUGUACCGUGGAGAGUUUUGGGCCAGUCCAUGGGAAACCUUACACAAGCAUCACCUCUGUCUGCAAAUUCACACAUGAUCCCUUCUUAAGGACUUUACAAAAGCAAGAGGUGUAUGAAGAGCUGCAACGCUUGACAGAUGGGUUCACCAAGCUGGGCCCCACCUAUGAGCUGGAUGAGCAGAGUUUAGUGGUUGAAGAUUACUCUUCGCCCUCAGCAGCAGAACAAGACUCCAAAAGAUCUGGUGAGUGUUUUUGUUUUUAG